AUGUUGAACAAAACAAUGGGAACAUGUAAAUCCCUGAAGGGUCUUAAUGAAGAAUGCCUCCUUGAACAAUCAAAACGACUUGAACGCAAUGUUGCAUAUGACUGUCCAUGCGGCAAAGGAUAUAAAUGUACCAAAGUCAGUAAAGCUGAGGUACGAACUCAUCUUAUCGGGAAAAGAAAACUAAAGCCUGGAAAAGGUUUGUGUAAGCCCGCCUUUUGCAUAGACACCAAUGAUUGUGGUCAGACGCAAUGUUGUGUCAGGUUGUUUGGGGUGAAAAUGCCUUACCUGUCUAAGGUGCCACGCCCAGAUGCACAUGCGAUAGGGAAGUGUAGAGAACUAUCUAAAGAACGCCAAGGAUGUUUCGUAGGACGCCAUCUGAAGGAUGGGAGCCAGGUUUAUAAUGGGGUGUGUCCAUGUCUCGGUCACUUGGAUUGUAGACCUAGAGGGUUUUUCGUAUUUGGCGCAAGUGUUGAGCGAUCGUCUAAUGUAUUAGGACUCUGUCGACCAAACAUAUGCACGAAGCAGAAGGACUGCGAAAAAGAUGAAUGCUGCGUAUUAGAUAAAGAGGACUACAACAAAACUGGUAUCAUCCCAGAAUUCGGAAGAUGUAGACAAUUAGGAAAAUGUGGCGAAGCAUGCGUUGUGGGUACAAAUAAACCACCGAUGGAAACUAAGCCAAUGUUUAUCGACUGUCCCUGUAAAGACCAACAAUACACAUGUAGACCACUGCAUCCAAGCAACAAUGGUACUCUCGUCAUAGGGGGCCCGGGAACUUGUCAAAAGUGGAACGAGGAAGAAAGAGAAGUGCGUCGACUAGGGGAGGAAGAAAGACGAUUUAGGAUGAGUCUAAAUAUAUCAUUAAACGACUGGAACUACUUAAGAAGUAGUUUGAACAUUUCUAGCAGGGCUCACUUCACCGGAAGUUCGAGCGGUGCAAAAGAUAGAUGGGACCGUUUUAUGCACAGUCUAAAUAUUACGAAACACGCUUGGGAUGUUUUCAAGAAAAGUCUCAACGUUACAAAAUAUGCCUGGGAAAACUUUAAUAAAAAGUCUAAUAUGCUCCACGAUUCACAACAGACUAAUAUAACUAAUACAACUUUAAAUAUACCAUAACGUUGUCCUUAUGAAUUUUGGAUCGCCAACAAGAUAUCUGUUAUUCAUAUAUUAUUUGAUGGAGUUAUGGAUUUUGAUAAGGUUACAUGAACGAUG